CGAUCGAAUUUCCAGCCUACAUGAUCCCGGCUUUAUUCCCAGCCACAGUCACUCUUUUCCAUUAGUUUCUUCACCACGCUCCUUAAUAUCUUAAUAUCUUAAUUCCUAGGGUUGCAUUCACUCCUUGAUCGCACCCAAGGCUCGCUCUUUACUCAAUAGUCUCUCCCACUCAAAGAUUCCUGGAGAACUUGCCCGUCACUCUUUUAGACAUAUAAUCAACACCGACCCAAUCUAAUUUUACAGCAAACCCUCAUCCAUCAUGGCCUAUGCUCACCCAGACGAACACUUCUUCAUCGAGAGCGAUGAGCCCCAGUCCAGUACUCGAAGCUUCCGAGACACCGCAAAGAUGCUUGCGCGCAGUCGGCAAGAGACGAUUGCUUGCGAGCUCUCUCGUCUUGCCGGCGAGGAGUACCUGGGGGACAUCAUGACGCAUAUGCGACACAUGGAGGAGGAGACCCUUCCCGAUGCUAACCUCAUUGACAUGCAACGUGAGAUCCAAUGGUUUAUGCGACCGUACCUCAUCGACUUCCUCAUCGAGGCCCAUGCCGCUUUCGCCUUACUGCCUGAGACGCUGUUCCUCACCGUCAACCUGCUGGACCGAUACUGCUCACGACGAGUGGUGUAUAAGCAGCACUACCAGCUCGUUGGCUGCGCCGCUCUUCUCAUCGCAGCCAAGUACGGCGACAAGAAGGACCGGGUGCCUCAGAUUCAUGAACUCAACAACAUGUGCUGCGGCCUGUACGAUGCCGGCAUGUUUACACAAAUGGAGAUGCACGUCUUGAACACUCUCGAGUGGACCAUUGGCCACCCCACCGUUGACUUCUUUACCCAGCUCAUGGUUGCGGAAGAGCAGGACGACAAGGAGGUGGAGCACAUGGCCGCUUACCUGUGCGAGAUUGCCCUGUACCAUCGCGAUUUUGUUUCGACCAAGCCGUCGAUGAUGGCACGUUCCUCACUGGCUUUGGCGAGAGCCAUUCUGGGCCGACCCGAGGUCAACGACGGCGACUGGGAUCACACCGAGAACCUGACCCUGUUGACUCUCUCUCAGCACCUCAACCAGCCUUCGCCAACCCUGGCGCGCAAGUACUCUUCGUCAUCCCUGUCCAAGGCAUCGCAGAAACUGGCAGACUUUAUGGCUGAGCAGGCUGCGAUGGCCAGACGCCAAGCCAACCCCCCGUCACCGGCUGCCGAGACUCCUUCAAGACAUGCCGCCGACAUCUACAGCACCCCUCAGAAGGGCCAUGGCGCUGCCACUGGCUUCGACGGUUACCUCACGCCUCCCAUCACCCCCGACAAUGCUUAUGGAAAUGCGGCGAAGGAGACUUACCACCAGUUGCCUCCUCGAUGCCCCGUCACGCCAACUCCUCCUCAGAGCCAUCCUUCUGCAUACUCCCAACAUGUACAACAAUAUGCUGCUUUCGUGAACCAGCACGGAAUCCACCAGCACUAGGAGCUUUGGUGGCGCAUAUGUUUGGCAUAGUCGAUCGAACUAAUACAGCACACGCUUUCUUUCCCACCUUCAUCCAUAUUAGCUUAUGGGCGAUGGGAGGAUGUUCAUGUUUCAAUUUUCGAGGUCAUGGCGAUGGGCUCGACUUUCCAAG